CCAAACUCCUUUUACUCUCACUUGUGGUUCUGGUCGUUCUCUCUUUCGAGACCCGUCGCAAGCGCACCUACACAGGUCUGCUGUUAAUGAGUGUGAUUGCAUUCUCAUCAGCAGCGGUCUUAGCGGUAGGCUAGUCGCUAUCAAUCUCGCAAAAGCUGGCUCUUCGGUCCCUAUCCUCGAGGCAGGAGAAAGCGAGCUAGCUAGUGGUGGAUGUUAAUAACUACCAUUCAAUUUCUUCUUCAAGCACGCGAAGAAGAUGAGAGGAGCAGGAGGAAUGACUUUGUGACAUGGAAAGCACAUGAAGACUCGUACUGGGUUGGGAACAAGAACGUUCCCUCAGAUGCAAAGCUUCUGGACCAUCAACACCCACCAGUUUCCUCUAGCAUUAUCUCUGAACUCUCUCGCCACCAGCGUAAUCUUCAACAUCCGACAGUAAAUCACGCGCUAAAAGUGUCAAUUUUCUCGUCGUUAAGGCCCUUUGCUGAGCGGAUAUGCAUUGCAACUCCAAAGUUACCAGCGGCGAGAACCGUACCGCCACUACCCUUCGCGAGAUCAUUCUCCCAGGAAGCUAUCGCUGCUUUCGUAAGCUCCUGAGGUUCAGUGCCAUUGGUAUGGUCGAUGAACUGCGGGAAUUAUUAUCCUCAUCCUCGCCACCUCUCACGCCACUGAGCUCAUUUACUUGGCUGUUUGGAGACUAGUAGGCGUCUGUUGAGCUACCGAAGGUCGUGAUGUGGUUCAUCGCCGGUACCUUGAGGAGUGUGUGAUUUCUUCACGCAUAAACACAUUCAUUUGAUUCUUAUUCGCACAGUCCUGCUGUGUUUAUGAAACUCAUGAAUCGAAACUUUGGCCAGGAAACUCUCACCCAGCUCACUGCUGUACUAUGCUCUCCAGUGCGUUGUAUUUAUGUGGCAUACCAACACACUUAAAGUACCUUACGCAUGUUGACUGCGCUGCCAACAAGUCACGUCCAGGAAACAUUGUCCAGGCUCGAACAGAGACGUUUUGUAGUGAAAAGAGGAACCAGGGCU